AUGCCUUUCUCGACUGAACUCACCAAGCGGCUGGGCAUCAGAGUGCCCGUCGUCCAAGGCGGCAUGAUGCACGUAGGCACCGCCGACCUCGCCUCUGCAGUCUCCAACGCCGGCGGCCUGGGCAUCAUCACCGCCCUCAUCUUCCCCACGCCCGAAGACCUGCGCAAGGAGAUCCAGCGAUGCCGAACUCUAACAAAGAACCCUUUCGGCGUCAACAUCACUCUCCUGCCCUCCAUGGUUCCUCCCAACUACGGCGCCUACGCUCAGGCCAUUAUCGACGAGGGCAUCAAGGUCGUUGAGACGGCGGGCAACUCGCCCGGUCCUGUCAUCACACAGCUGAAGAAUGCCGGCAUCACUGUUCUUCACAAGUGUACCACAAUUCGUCAUGCUCAGAGCGCCAUCAAACUGAAGGUAGAUUUCCUCAGUAUUGAUGGCUUCGAAUGCGCAGGUCACGUCGGCGAGAGCGACAUCACAAACUUCAUCCUCCUGAGCAAGGCAAGGCAAACGCUCGGGGUGCCCUUCAUCGCGAGUGGCGGCUUCGCAGAUGGCUACGGACUCGCUGCUGCUCUGUGCCUAGGCGCCUGCGGAAUCAACAUGGGAACCAGGUUUAUGGCGACAAAGGAGGCUCCUAUACAUAUCAAGGUCAAGGAGGAGAUCGUUCGCGCGCAAGAGACCGAUACAACGCUCGUUCUCCGACGCUGGACAAACACUACGCGACUGUACAAGAACAAGGUCGCCCUUGACGCGCUUGAGAUUGAGACCAAGAGCGAGAGUGGCGAGUUUUCUGAGAUUGCGCCAUAUAUGAGCGGAAAGCGAGGAAAGGAAGUGUUUAUCAACGGCGACACUGAGUAUGGCGUUUGGACAACAGGACAGGUUAUGGGUCUGAUUAAUGAUAUCCCUACAUGUGAUGAGCUUCUUCAUAGAAUCGAGAAGGAGGCUGAGACGGCGUUGAAAGAGAGACUCGCGCUGCUGGUGCCGGAGUCCAAGUUAUAG